AUGGCUUCAUCACUCUCCCUCCUCCCCCUCGCUUGCGGAGGGCGGCUCGCAGCCGCCGCCACCUUCGACAUUGUCAACCAAUGCUCCUACACCGUGUGGGCUGCCGCCUCCCCGGGCGGCGGCCAGCAGCUGGACCCCGGCCAGACGUGGUCCAUCAAUGUCAACGCCGGCACCACCAGCGGCCGCGUCUGGGCCCGCACCGGCUGCUCCUUCGAUGGCAACGGUAACGGCGGCUGCCAAACCGGCGACUGCGGCGGCCUCCUCCAAUGCCAGGGAUAUGGGUCGCCACCCAACACACUGGCGGAGUACUCGCUGAACCAGUACCAAAACAUGGACUUCUUCGACAUCUCGUUGGUCGACGGCUUCAACGUGCCGAUGGACUUCAGCCCAACCGACGGCAGUUGCCGUGGGGUCCGGUGCGCGGCGGACAUCAACGGCCAGUGCCCGGGGCCGCUGCAGGCGCCGGGCGGCUGCAACAACCCGUGCACGGUGUUUCGCACGCCGGAAUACUGCUGCACGCAGGGAUCAUGUGGGCCCACCGACUACUCGAGGUACUUCAAGGGCUUGUGCCCGGACGCGUACAGCUACCCGCAGGACGACGCCACGAGCACCUUCACCUGCCCGGGCGGCACCAACUACAGGGUCGUCUUCUGCCCGUAAUUAAUUAACUAAUAGUUAUUGCGUUAUUUUACGUAUAUAAAGUAAUUAAGGAAUAAGAGUACACAGUACACGUACGUACGACGUCGAUCCAUGCAUGCGGCCGGCCGUAUGAAUUUUAUAUAUGUUAAAGGAAUAAAGAA